GAAAAACAUGGUUUAAUAGGAAUUACCAAGGAUAAGCUGUGUACAGGCACAACAAGAUGGAAUAACCCAAUCCUGUAGGUCUGCUUGGAAGUUCUUGGGCCUCGUUGAAAACAAUAUGCAUUCGACAUAUAUUCGCCGUGUCGCCUUUGAAAAACUAGCGACAUUGGCAGCAAAAUACCCCGGAGCUUGCCAUACCAACACGUCUGAUAUCGACCGGCUUCGCAAUGCAUGUCGACGCCCGAAGGCAUCCCCGACCGGCUUCCUCGACGAUGUUUUUAAAGGGAGGGCAUCUCCAGCUCCAAUUAGAAUCCGAGAUUUAGACGCCCUUCUUUCUCUCUGCGAAGCUGCUCCCCUGACCUCCAAGCCGGAAGAUGUUGCGAAACUUGUUACCCUUUUUACAGAUUACCUCCCGGACUGUUGCUCCCUAGUGUUCAACUCCUCUCCUUUCCUCCACAGUCUCGAGACUCCUCCAUGGGAACUUUUGACCCGCAACCUCAUCACCGCGUUGCUCUCACUUGGAUUGCACCAUCCAUCACAUCACGAUCAGAUAUAUGAGUGCGUUCUUACUUAUGUGGAGAACUGUUAUCGGCUCGCAAAAGAGUUACCCACCUUCGAUAGUCAAGCAGAUCGUGCAGCUGAACAUGGGGAGGCCCAAGAUAUCACGGAAAUCGCCGCUCUCGCGGUGUCGUUAGUUGGGCUUUUGGAUGGUAUGUCUACGUAUACACAUUUCUGGAGUCCGAGGGAACGCCUAUGUUUUGUCGAAAAACUACAUCUGGUGCUCUCGGAGCAGUUCCUGGUCGCCGUUGAAACAACCUCCUCCACCAUUCGUAAUCUACGAACUUCGGAUCUUUCAUUUCAGAAUUGGCGACGAUAUGCUAGACUAUCUGCUUCCGCCGGGAGGCCACUUAGUUCGAUGCUACUUCAAAAAUCCUUCCUCGGAUUCGUCAGAGCUUGCACAUCUCCCGUAGCUGAGAACGGUCGGAUAAUGUCCGAAAAUGCUCUCUUGGAUCGGUAUAUAAACAGCCUAGAUGAUACAAGGCAAGACAGUGAUGAUAUAUCUGCUCUUGCGAAAUACUCUGCCCAAAUCGCUGCUGAUCAAAUUCAACUUUUGGAAGAGGGAUCGGAUUAUUUGCAAUUGGGCAUGCCUUGGCAACAGAAUCUUGCAUUCACGGCCAAAUCAUUUGCCUUAGUAACCUUCAUCAACUGCAUUAUUCUUGAUGAAGAUUCCGCUGACAUUGACCUCUUACUCUCAUGGCUGGAAACCACCAUUUUUAAUCCUGAUCAAAUGGCAAGUGAGGAGUUGGCUACAAUUUCUUUCAAGUCCCUGGUGGUCUUAUCAAGAAUAUCACGCCUAAAUGCGCCAAAUUUGACAAGAUCUCUACUACAAUUUAUUGUUCAGAAUAGGCAAAGUGGUGCGAUUCUCGCUAUUGCCGCUCGUUCUUUAGCCCAAAAUCUUCAGCUUCUCUCCCAGGACACUAUCAUUGGCACACUCUAUUCUUUGGGAAAUGUCCUUAGCGCAAGUCCUACUCACGAUAAAACAAACCAGCACACAGGGGCGCUCGCGGAAGAAGCCCACUUAUACACGCGCCAUUUAAUCACGGGCACUCAGCGACCAAAUGACAGUUUCAUUUCGCUCACCCUUGACAGUGAAGGAGAUUCCUCGAUCACUUACAAAAAUGUGAUACACACGAUCAUAACCGUUGCCACGAUUUCCAAAGAUAGCAAAAUUGUGGCUUUGGCGCAAUCUAUGCUUUUGCAGAAAAUCGGGAGAGUAAACGUCGUCCUUGAUGCUUGCAUUGUCGAAGAAACUGUUGCACUUGCUCUCAAAAGUGAGCCUACGGAUUUCCAACUCCUUCUCAAGUUUUACGCUCGUCUCUAUCGUGAUGCAGUCAUUCAAGGCAAUGCCCUUAUCGUUGACGCCGUCCAUAGGUCAAGGAAAUAUCUUGCUCUAUAUCUUCAAAAAGAUAAUCCUUUAUUUAAAAUCUACCUGACAUCCCUUCUGGAAAGCAUUGUCAACAAAGGAGGCGCAACAGAUCGAGAAAAAGGCCGCUCGAACGAAGUUGACUUGUCCGCAAAAGAAAUUUACCCUUAUUUGAGACCUGUUGCUUCUCUUCUCUCCAAGCUUGGGUCUCUUGAGGAUAUCCCGGGUGGUCUCCAUGAGAAUGGAGAUAUACUCUCUUUAUUAAGGGACACUUGGUUCAAUAUUGCUGCACAUGAUGUUUCGUUGACCUCUGAAGCAGGUCAUGUGUAUCAUGAAGACCUCCGCAUCCUUGCCGAGCAUUCCCCUCCGCUGGUUUCAGAUAAUCGUGCGGAGUUGCUUGAGAGUGACAUCGAGUUAAACACCGUUCUUAGACGGGGUAUGAACGCAUCACACUCCUCUGACAAAAAGAAGAGCUUAGUCCAAGAACUACCAGCUCUAGAACAAGAGAUCAAGCGAUUAAGUUACCCAAAACUCAUAUUUCUCAAUGCAACCUUGCUCCUUGAAAGCCUUCGUGCCUCUUCAGGAGAUUUCACCAAAAUUCUCACUUACUUUCUCGAUCCGGCAUUGAAUAGUCCUGACAUAGUGAAUUGCAUGAGAGCUGUUGUCGACAAAAUCGUGACACUGUACCUCGAAAGAUUUGUCUCCAGCAAUUCCGCAAAAUUUUCCGCUCCCUAUAUUUCCCAGCAGCUUGCAGACACUUUUGUUGCAUGUUGUCAUCGGAUUCAAAGUAUACAGCAAGUCGCAUCCGCCGCUGCUGCGAAGAUAAUAUCUAAAUAUCCAUCAUCGUUGUGUGAAAAGAAGUCACUAUUCACACUUCUGGACUUAUUAACACUCUUGUGGUCUUCCUGUUUGGAUGAGGAAUUGGAUGAAUAUGAAUGGAAAUCAUCCUUUGUCUCUACCACCGGCAAGGUCAAUAUUGAAUUAUCGGAUAAUUAUGAGUUCAGAAAACAUACAUUGAACAACCUUUAUGACCUAGCUCGGUCCUGGGUAGCAGCAAUAAUGAAUAUUGCACCUCUAGAUGUCAAAGGUUUACUCCAGACGUAUCUAUCCGAGUACGAGGAUGACGGUGCAUAUGGCCAUACCUCUAUGGGACGGUCUUUCGCCCUUGAGAUGGGUUCAAUGAUUCCCACGAGUGACCAGCGAUUAGUUUCUAUUGAACGCAGUGGGAAUACGUUAUUGAAUAUGGCAUCUGAUUUUGUCGCUCAAUAUUCCAAACGUCAAGAAUAUCGCUUUUCGGAAGCUCAUUCCCUUUCUGGCCAGACCCUACGGUCAUCCUUAACUCAUUCUAAGCUUGACGGAGCAAGAAGUGAAAGCUACUUACCGGUAGCCCAGAAUAUCCAACAAAAAUUGACUGAAUUGGAAUCACAGAUCUCGCACCGAAGCAGAACGCCUCCUGAGAUGCUUCAAAGUGUACUUCGUAGAGCCGCUGCUCUUCUUUGCAACAACGAUGGUUGUGAACCAUCCAUUAUUUCCCAUUUAGUCAGUAUCCCUUUCCAGCUAUUUACCAGCGAGUCCAUCAAAAUGGGCAUUUCAUUCUGGCUUGGUGUAAUCAACGAGAAUCCGGAAACGGAGCCGAGGAUAAUAGUGGAAGCUGCACAAGCUUGGGAACGUACUAUUCGCCGCAAAAAGGGCAUAUUUGACCCCGGUUUUAAAUAUUCGGACCCCUUUAUGACGAAAAUUGAGUCAUUACCUUCCGACAAGAGCGUCAUAGUAAAACGUCAGCGAAAAGCUCAGAAUAUUAUAUCGCCUCACUUACAUUUGCUACAUUUUUUUGAGAGCCAUUUCAAUGCGACAAGGCUCGCCAGCCCUCAUAUCCAAAGGAUUUUCAGGCAACUUGUAGCGGCGACCCUGGAUGCCUUGAGGCGCACGACUGGUCAUCCACUUGCGCGAGAAAUUCAUUUUCACAUUAUCCUCUUCAGUUUAAAAGUGCUCCGAUAUUGCAAGGGACAAUCGAAGGUUGCACUAUGGAAACUUAAGGACCAAAUCCUCUCAGCCGCCUUGAGCUGGUUUAGUCAUCCACCCAGGUGGUCCUAUGGGGCAAAUCGCCUCCAAGUGAAAGCUGAGGACAAGAUUUUACAUGAUAUUGAAUCCAUAUUAGGCGUAAAUUCAUGGAUUGUGCCUGGAGAUGCUGCUUCCCGGAAAUCCCUGAAUAAUAAACAGGAUCUUGUUCUGGCUUUGAUUGACAAUGAAAGAACCCGCCUAAGGGUGUGGCUCUCUCCCCUUGAUACUGAGAAACGCCAUCACACUGGAACCAAAUCCCAAGAGGCUGUUAUUUGUGGGUUUCUGAGACUCGCAUGGACAGAAAACCCGAAUUUGGCCAUUCAAUUAGCGUCGAGGUUUCCUUCACCGAAGCUGCAAAAUGACAUCCGCUGGUUAAUAUUUAAUUUCCCCGAGAAGGCCUUGGAUGAUCCGGACAGUUUAGAGAUACUUUUGGGGUGUGCGUUACCUCAAGAUGUCACCUUCCAACUGAAGUAUCUUCUUUUCUGGGUCCCAACAAACCCCAUCGCAGCAGUCACAUAUUUCCUUCCAGCAUAUGGAAACCACCCUUUUAUCCUACAAUAUGCGAUGCGCGCUUUGGAGAGCCACUCAGUGGACAUUAGCUUUUUCUACAUUCCUCAACUCGUCCAGGCUCUGCGCUACGAUGCACUGGGCUACGUUGAGCGUUAUCUACUUGAGACCGCCCAGCUUUCUCCGUAUUUUGCGCACCAAGUGAUCUGGAAUAUGAAGGCGAACGCCUAUAAAGAUGAAGACUCGCUAAUUCCUGAUCCGGUCAAACCCGUUCUUGAUAAGUUUACGGAAGAAUUAAUCUCCAGCUUUUCAGACGAAGACUGUACCUUUUACGAGAAGGAAUUUUCGUUCUUCCGUGAAAUUACGGAGAUUUCAGGAAAGCUGCGGCCAUACAUAAAGCGUAGCAAGCCAGAGAAAAAGGAGAAGAUUGAGGAAGAGCUCCGAAAAAUCAAAGUCGAAGUUGGCGUGUAUCUUCCUAGCAAUCCUGAUGGUGUCGUUGUCGGUAUCGAUCGUAAAUCUGGCAAGCCACUACAAAGUCAUGCGAAAGCACCAUACAUGGCUACCUUCAGAAUCAAAAAAACAAAAUCAGAAACAAAUGGCAAUGGAAAUGGCGAUACCAACAACAAAAUCCCCUUUGCCGAGGCAAAUCAGACGGAUAAUGCAGCCGCCGCAACGAACCUUCCAGCGAAAGCAGAAACCUAUGAAGUCUGGCAAUCGGCCAUUUUCAAAGUUGGUGAUGAUUGCCGCCAGGAUGUAUUGGCAUUACAAAUGAUAGCAGCAUUUCGCAGCAUCUUCGGUAGUGUCGGUCUAGACGUUUUCGUCUAUCCAUACCGUGUGGUUGCCACCGCUCCAGGCUGCGGAGUUAUCGAUGUCCUUCCGAACUCAAUUUCGCGAGAUAUGCUCGGACGCGAAGCGGUUAACGGAUUAUAUGACUACUUCGUCUCUAAAUACGGUAGCGAAGAUUCAAUUCGGUUCCAAGAAGCCCGCAGCAAUUUCGUGAAAUCCAUGGCUGCAUAUUCUGUGAUUUCCUAUUUACUUCAGUUUAAGGACCGGCAUAACGGGAACAUCAUGAUAGAUGACGCUGGACAUAUUAUCCACAUAGACUUUGGAUUUUGCUUCGACAUUGCACCAGGGGGCAUUCGUUUCGAGCGCGCCCCUUUCAAACUAACAUCAGAAAUGAUCGCUGUCAUGGGUGGACGGGCACCUUAUCAGCACCAUCAACCCCCUACCGAGAGCAGCGGAUUGUCCUUUCCAGGAAUAUCUACGCACCAUCAUCUAAAUUCCCAGUCAUACCGUUGGUUCGAAGCGCUCGUUGUCAAAGCUUUCCUCGCCUCGCGUCCCUACCAGGCGAAACUGGCACAGAUUGUCACACUAAUGCUCGACAGCGGCUUGCCGUGCUUCAAACCAGACACCUUGAAGAAUUUUCGUGAUAGAUUUGUGCUCGACAAGAGUGAACAUGAAGCAGCUCAGUUUAUGAGGGAGCUGAUUCGAAAGAGUUAUGCGAGCAUGUCGACGGGAGCUUAUGAUCAGUUCCAGCUGUGGUCUAAUAACAUCCCCUAUUAAUUAACUAUAUGGAAUGAGCAAUUCUUCUUCCCCCCAGGCCUUUUGUACUUUACUGAUUCCUAAACGAUACAUCGAGGGGAAGAAUUUAGCUUUUGGCGGAUCAUAGAGAAAGAAAUCCUUCUGGAAAUAUUUUCUGGUUGUUCAGGUGCAGGUGUCCUUUUGUACAAACUUUU